ACCUCAUCUUAAAGGGACAGCGCUGACAAACAUUGAUGAUGUCACUAGCAGCUGAUCUUCCGGCAAGCGAGUGCCCUGACUCCUGAUACACAGACGCGCAGGAUGGCAACAAUUCAGGACCUCCCAGAAGAUGUUCUCCUGGAGAUCCUGACCCUGGUGCCCAUCCAUGACCUCAUAUCUCACUGCAGAAUUGUCUGUUCCACCUGGAAGGAAGUCAUUGACUCACCGACCCUAUGGAAAACCAAGUGUCAGCGAAUGGGGUUCAUCCCCAAAGGCUACAAGCAGAACCCCAGCGACUGGAAGGUUUAUUGCUAUAUUUGCAGCAUGAAACGGAAUUUACUAAGAAACGCUUGUGCUUCAGAAGGUUUCAAGUUCUGGAAGAUUGAGGAGAAUAAGGGAGAUCGUUGGCAGAUCGAAGCUGUACCUGGAGCACAUGGGCAGGAAUUCCCGGAUGAAUCGGUUAAAAAGUACUUUGUCACUUCUUAUGGGAUCUGUUUAAAAUCCCAGCUGAUUGAUCUGAAGAAAAUGGGAUAUCACCCCAACUUUAUGGACGAGAUCCAGCCAGAUAUUUUAAUCGAGGACUGGUUCGCCCCGAGAAGGGACUGCGGCUCGAUGUAUCAAGUAUGCGUCCGGCUUCUUUCAAAACGGAAGAGAACGCUGAAGGAGUUCAAUCCGGAUCCGGUCAUCAUGGACCAGUGGAGCGACGCAAACUGGCAAAAGAUGACGUACACCUUCCGGAACUACGGGCCAGGUGUCAGGUAUAUUUAUUUUCAACACGGUGGUAAAGACACGCAGUUUUGGGCUGGAUGGUACGGAGUCAGACUGACCAACAGCAGCAUCGCUAUAGAACCGGAGGAUCUCUGCGCCUGAGACGAUGCCUUUCAAAUCAACAAA